ACAAUGAGGAAGUGUUGUUCCGAAAAGGACCGAAGACUUGUUAUGUGAGUUGGAGAUAGUACGUACAUAUAUGGCGUUGGAAUGUGUUCAUUUAUUUGUUCAUUCAUUAAUUUAUUAAUUUUCUAUACCGCUUAUCCUCACAAGGGUCGCGGAAUGUGUUCAAAUUAGAAUAAAUUGUUGUGUGGGUGUGAUAUCACACAAUGCUUCCAUAUGCCUUCAUAACAGAGGUUUGGUUGAACGUGAUGCGCAUGCGUUAAUGACGUUAAAAAUGUAAACAAUUAAUAAAAUAAAUUUGUUACUCCGUUAAAGCACUAUUUUUUUUUAUUAAAAUACAGUACUAUACAAUACCUAAAGUAGGACCAAGUAGGACUUUUUCACCAGAUUUACCCAUCCCUUCUUUUUUGUUUUGUUUUGUUCCAAAACAGUGUGUAAGUGACACUUGUAAUAUUCCAGUGGCUGGUGUUUCAGUAAGAAAUCAGCGUCAGGAUCUUUCAUUAUUAACUCUGUCAGUGGCGUGUCCUCUUUUCCUGUGAAGCUUUCAUUACAUGAGCGCUAUCUGCUCCAUCAGCACUGCUCAAACAGCAGUACAGCCUUAACCCCUUCGACACAUGGAGGUCUCGGUGUUAUCUCUUUUUGAUAAUAUUUGCCUUAUGUUUUUUUUUGGAACAUAUAUGAUACGAUGACACUACUUCUGAAGGUGAAAACCCAUUCACUAAAGAUCUGUGCCAGCAUGUGUGGUAAUUUGAAACAGAAUAAAAAGUACACAGGAGCCAAUAAAUAUAUGACCUGUUGGCCGACAGCUUGUUUGAGAUGAAACCACCAGGGAUUUGAGUGACAAUGUAGCCCCAGAAGAAGGACCCAUGGAUCAGUCCAACAGUUUCUGGAUCCCAGUUAAACUCAGCUUUCUGAAAAAAAAUCGUUAAAAAAAGCGUUUUAAGGCGUGAUUAGAACAGAAUGUUCAUAUUUGAGGAAGUAUUUACCUGAAGUACUUCAGUGCCAUUGACGUACACGGUAUUGUUGUUAACCAUCUCCACUAUCGCAACACCGAGGUUGCAACGAAUGCCAAAAGAGAUGCAGAAUCCCAGACCGCUGAGAAUGGCGAUGAUGUAACGCUUGGGAAGACCUCCACAGCUACAGUCCAACAGCGGAGCAGGACGAGAUGCGGAUGCCACGGGACGGCCGUCCUCGGGAAAGACUGACAGACGACCCCUCCACCCUUCUCAGAUGUACAAUAAGGAUUCAGUGGAAAAGUAAAUGAUGAUGUUGGACUGUUCCUAAAUUCUAAUGUCAUCUCUUAAGAAGAUUUGUAAAAAAGCAUUUAAAAUCACAGAAUCCACUUUUUAGCUCCUGGACAUGGUGGUGAUAUCUCCAGCAGGACUUGAAUGCAUAGCUCCAAGCUACCGCUCCAAUCUCGUGUGCACCUAGAAAGGAGGGGAAGAUGUUGGCCAACCCCUCCGCUCAUCCGCUUUAUCGCCAUCAUCUUCCCUCCAGCGUCAUCCCUGCAGGUGCAUCUGAUAUCACCUCGAUGGACAACAAUGAAAGAUGCAUGAGCCUGAUAGGUUGCAUUGAGUAUAAAGACAAAAGUUUGUGAACCAAGAGUCCCAAAGAAGAGUCCAUAUUGGUAUCAGUUUGGUGUGGGGGAUCGUGAACCUUGACCUCAGCCACAUUAAACACCUUUGGAAUGAACUUGAUCAGUGACUAAUGCCACAUUUUAAGAUUCUAAGGUGUCAAGUCAGGUCAGUCGUAACCCUAAUGGGAACAAGUGAUAUAGAAGACAGAAUGUAAUUGCUGAGGAAAACCAAAUGACCUCCGUCUCUAUUCCGGGCCUGAUGACUCCAACCUCGAUGGUUGGCAUGUCCUUGAGCCUGGAGAUGCCCCGGAAACGAAAGGGCAGUGUGGACAACCAGGAAACAACAAUGGCAUCCUUCACAAAUGACUAUAUGGAUGAGGACCAAAAUGGUUCAGAUGGAGAGGACCAACAUGCCAAAAUGAAAUGUUUCAGGGAACCUCACAGCCAAAUUGAGAAGAGAAGACGAGACAAAAUGAACACGCUCAUAGACAAGCUGUCAGCCAUGAUUCCGACGUGCAACCCUAUGUCUCGUAAACUGGACAAACUCACUGUGCUCAGAAUGGCCGUGCAGCACCUCAAAUCCCUCAAAGGUUCCUCGAGUUCUUUUUCCGAGCUAAACUAUAAACCGUCAUUCCUGCCUGACGAGGAGCUCAAACACCUCGUCUUAAAGGCUGCGGAUGGCUUCCUGUUUGUAGUCGGCUGUGAUCGGGGGAAAAUUGUUUUUGUCUCUGAGUCCGUCACGAAGAUAUUAAAUUAUAGUCGGGCAGAGCUGAUUGGACAAAGCCUUUUUGAUUAUGUCCACCCUAAAGACAUGGGAAAAGUGAAGGAGCAGCUGUCCGCAUCUGAACUGUACCCUCGUGAACGGCUUAUAGAUGCUAAAACUGGUCUGCAGGUCCAGGCUGACCUCCCAGUCGGCGCAUCACGACUGUGUUCAGGCGCACGACGCUCUUUCUUCUGCCGCAUGAGAUGCAACAAAAUAUCUGUCAAAGUUGAGGAGAAGGAACUUCAGGCCAGCACCUCCAAAAAGAAAGAAUCUCAGAAGUACUGCACAGUCCAUUGCACAGGCUACAUGCGGAGCUGGCCCUCCAGUCAGCUGGAAGCAGAGGGCGAGGGCGAUGCAGAGAAGCAAGAGAGCUCCCACUUCAGCUGUCUGGUUGCUGUGGGCCGCAUCCACUCCCACUCGUCUCCUCAAGUCAACGGAGAUGUCCGCGUCAAACCCACAGAGUUCAUCACACGUUAUGCCAUGGAUGGCAAGUUCACCUUUGUCGAUCAAAGAGCAACAACCAUUCUUGGUUAUCUUCCCCAAGAGUUGCUGGGGACUUCAUGCUAUGAGUACUUCCAUCAAGACGACUUACCACAUUUAGCUGAUCGACAUCGAAAAGUGCUGCGAAGUAAAGAGAAAAUCGAGACAAAUCGCUACAAAUUCAAAACAAAAUACGGCUCUUUUGUCACGCUGCAAAGUCAGUGGUUUAGUUUUGUAAAUCCCUGGACCAAAGAAGUUGAAUAUAUUGUGUCAACUAAUACAGUCAUUUCGCAUGAUCACAGUCGAAAAAGCCAGUCAGGAAACAAGACUGAACAGUCGAGCGCUUCUAAGACUUUAGGAGAAGAUGGAAAGAAAUCUGUUGCAGUUAUACCAGGCAUCUCUACCACACCUAUGGUAUACGCCGGAAGCAUCGGGACCCAGAUUGCCAAUGAGCUGCUAGACUUCCACAGAAUGCACUCCUCCCCCUCCAGUGGUAACGUGAGCCCGUUCAGUCUGCCACAGGACAAAUCCCCACUCACAAAUCACGACCAAGUCAGUAAUAAUGUGCCAAAUGGUGAAGCUACAGAAAUGGAUAUCUCGGAAAAAAACGGCUCAGAGGAGGACCCCCAGGGGGCUUUAUUCCCUGGAGGGGAGACACUCAUGGGAGAGAACUCCCACUUAGAUUUGGACAGCGUGGUUGAACCUGGCCUUGGAAGUCUUACCAACGAUGAAGCAGCCAUGGCCGUGAUCAUGAGACUCCUGGAGACAGACUCGAACUUGGGUGAAGCGGAGGACUUUGAAGAUAUGCACUGGUCCUUAUAGAAGCCCCCACACUUGAAAGGCGAGGCGGGUGACACCGCGGUUUUCAGUUCUAUUUAUUAAGCAGGUGUCGAGCAGCUUUUGUCAAAAGGCAACCGUAUCGCCAACGAUAAGGAACGCCUGCUUUUUCUCCAGAGGAGGAGGAGGUCAUGCUCCACCAAGGCCUUACAGCAGUCUGCCUGCCAUGGAACACCAUUACAUUUACCCCUUUUCCACUACGGCUGUUCGGGGUAGGUUCACAAUUAUUUUCGAUUAUCGAGACUGGUUUUUCAGAUUUACUAUUGACAAUUACGCGAAUGUCAGGUACCGCCGACCACAAAAAACAGAUUUUUGUUCGCAGAUUGGGUAAUAGUCAAUCGUUGUUACUUUAUUUUGAGUGUGCUUCCACUGCAUACACACUAGCAACUAUCCCCAUUUAUGUUACAUUUAGAUGUUAUUUAAGGUUAUUUCUAGCAUAACUAUCUGGGUGGGCGGAGAAACGUAUUUUACUACUACUAAAACAGACUAAGGGACAGCUUGUACUACAGGGAAGCCACGUGCAAUACACAACAUACAGGUAAGGGCCAGAAAAUUAGAAUAUUUUCAUAAACUUGAUUUAUUUCAGUCAUUGUGUUCAAAAGGUAUAACUUUUACAUUAUAUUUAAUCAUUGCACACAGACUGAUGCAUUUCAAAUGUUUAUUUCUUUAAUUUUGAUGAUUAUAGGUGGCAACAAAUGAAAAUCCGAAAUUCCGUGGGUCAGAAAAUUAGAAUAUUACCUAAGGCCAAUACAAAAAAAGGAUUUUUAGAAAUGUUGGCCAACUGAAAAGUAUGAACGUGAAAAAUAUGAGAAUGUACAGUACUCAAUACUUGGUUGGAGCUCCUUUUGCCUCAAUGACUGCAUUAAUGCGGCGUGGCAUGGAGUCGAUCAGUUUCUGGCACUGCUCAGGUGUUAUGAGAGCCCAGGUUGCUUUGAUAGUGGCCUUCAGCUCUUCUGCAUUUUUGGGUCUGGCAUUCUGCAUCUUCCUCUUAACAAUACCCCACAGAUUUUCGAUGGGGCUAAGGUCAGGCGAGUUGGCUGGCCAAUUGAGAACAGAAAUAUCAUGGUCCUUAAACCAGGCACUGGUAGAUUUGGCGCUGUGUGCAGGCGCCAAGUCCUGUUGGAACGUAAAAUCCCCAUCUCCAUAAAGCAGGUCAGCAGCAGGAAGCAUGAAGUGCUCUAAAACUUGCUGGUAGACGGCUGCGUUGACCUUGGAUCUCAGGAAACAGAGUGGACCGACACCAGCAGAUGACAUGGCACCCCAAACCAUCACUGAUGGUGGAAACUUCACACUAGACUUCAAGCAACGUGGAUCCUGUGCCUCUCCUCUCUUCCUCCAGACUCUGGGACCUCGAUUUCCAAAGGAAAUGCAAAAUUUGCUUUCAUCAGAAAACAUAACUUUGGACCACUCAGCAGCAGUCGAGCUCUUUUUUUCCUUAGCCCAGGUGAGACGCUUUUCGCGCUGUUUCUUGUUCAAAAGAGGCUUGACACGAGGUAUGCGGCAGUUGAAACCCAUGUCUUUCAUGCGUCUCUUGGUGGUGGAUCUUGAAGCACUGACUCCUGCAGCAGUCCAGUCCUUGUGAAUCUCCCCCACAUUUUUGAAUGGGUUUUUUUUUCACAAUCUUCACCAGGGCGCGGUGAUUCCUAUCGCUUGUACACUUUUUCCUACCACAGUUUUUCCUUCCCUUUGCCUCUCCAUUAAUGUGUUUGGACACAGAGGUUUGAGAACAGCCAACCUUUUCAGCAAUAACCUUUUGAGUCUUGCCCUCCUUGUGCAAUGUGUCAAUUGUUGCCUUUUGGACAGCUGUCAAAUCUGAAGUCUUCCCCAUGUUUGUGUAAGCUUCAGAACUGGACUGAGAGACCAUUUAAAGCCCUUUGCAGGACACCAGGUGUCUUCAAAAUUGAACCCUUUCACAAUAUUCUAAUUUUCUGACCCACGGAAUUUCGGAUUUUCAUUUGUUGCCACCUAUAAUCAUCAAAAUUAAAGAAAUAAACAUUUGAAAUGCAUCAGUCUGUGUGCAAUGAUUAAAUAUAAUGUAAAAGUUAUACCUUUUGAACACAAU